AUGGACCUUACGAUUUCUGACUCAGCUGAGCCAUGCCGGAAACCAGUUCCAGGUCAAAACAAAACCACCGAUAAAGCUGAGGAGCCAACAAAGCAGCCGAUCGCAGUGGGAAACUCCCCACACUUGGCCAAGCCGAUGGCCAAAACCGAAACUGAAACCUUCGAGCGACCAGUUUCCAGUCGAGUUUCGAGGCGCACGCAUGCGCACUACGAUGUGAAAGUCAGCCACGAUUGCCACAUUCAUAUUAACAACUUUUGGAGUAAUCUGGUUAUUCCAGGAGGGAAAACCAGAACCAUGGCACAAACGGAACACAUUUUCUGGUUCACUUCGGUCUGCUGGAUUGCAUCACUAAUAAGUGGAGCUGCUGCACAGCAUCUGAUCGCAUAUAUCUCGCAAAGGGGUCUGCAUGGAGAGAUUACUUUUCGGCAGAUGAAUGACACCACUGUGGAGAUCAAGGCCAAAUUGGAGGCCACUCUGCAGUAUCCCGACCAGGUGUGGAGUUGGGGAGUUCGCCGAUUUCCCGUGGAUUACUCCAACACCGAUCCCGAGGAACGUUGCGAGCUGAGUCGUUUGGGAUCGCAAGUUUUAACCUUUGAUGAUGACCUGGAAUACCUGGUCCUUCCUGGCAAUGAGACGGCUACAUGGGAGCGCAACAUGCAGCUUAUCGGAGAUCGAGGGAUUUGGGGCAAGUCUCUGGUUCUCACAGAGGUUAACUCUAAUUCCCGGAUUUGCGCCACCAUUACCACUAUUCAAAGUUCCGUAGAGCACAUGGCGGAAGCACGAUUCAACACCCCCAUAGCCGGAUCUGUUCACUUCCGUUGGUUGGCCCCCGCAGAAGGCGCUGUUGGUGAUACAUUGAUCUACUCUGAUCUAUACCACAUUAGAGAACAACCACCGGCACUGGAGGAAGACAGAAGUCAAGCUGGGCCUUUCACCCAGCACCAUUGGAAGAUAUUCGUGACAGAUAUCUUCAAACAUGAUCAUCAUCGAACGGAGGACAACUGCAACUUCCUACAGCUGGUUUUUGAUCCUCAAGGUAGUGGAGCAGGUAACGGAAUUGGUGAUCUGGAUGCCCGUCUUGGAAGGAUAGGAGUGGCCAAAAAUGCCCUUCGUUCACCACAACGAAGUGUUUUUAGGGAUGCUCAGCUGGCCCUGUUGCCCUCGGAUCUUACUAUUCCACACCGAACUCUGUACCUUGUACUCUUCGAUAAUCAGCAUCCGGAUUCCUACCUGGCUUGCACCAAGGUUCGCCAUGUUCAGCCAUUGACCUAUAAAACUUUCAUCAAUUCUGGCGGUGUCAAAGGAGAAGUAACUUUUACUCAGCGCUCCAAAUUCGACCCAACUUUUCUUAAUUUCACUUUGGGGGCACCGCUUUCCCAGCAUGUGAGUCGCAAGUUUGCCGAAGAUGUGGCGGCCUUCCGGAUUCACAGUCUACCCCCAGUGCCACAACGAAUGGGUCGAGAGGAUUACUGCCUGACCACCGGAGAGAUGCAUAAUCCCCGAGAGAUAAAUGAAAACAUACCCCCUCCCGGUUAUGGAACGCAGGAACAGUAUCCCGUGGGUGACCUCUCUGGAAAGCUGCAGGGACGCAAUAAAGGUUACUGGCAUCAGUACGUCUUGCCAGGAACAAGCUCUGAGCUAAAUGGCCUUUACUGGGAUGUCUUUUUACCCCUUCAAGGACGUCACAGCAUAGCCCAAAGGAGCCUGGUUAUAUACACCUUCAACAGAUCUGAUGUAUCCAACAUUACAAAGAUGAUUUGGGGUUGUUCCAGCCUUGGGCAGUACCAGCGGAAUGGGGUCUACCAGCAGAACAUGGUUACAGCUCAGGUUCUGUUCCGCUACCCUGUGGUGGGUCGUGUCAUAUUCCGCCAACCGGCAGAGCAGCCUUGGCAGGAUACCACCGUCCUCUUUGAAUACCUUAUCCAAGCGGAUGGAUCCACACAGAACACAACCACCGAUCACCGCUGGGCAAUCCACAACAACGCGCCUGGAAAGGAUUUCUACGAUUGGCAGCAGCGUUGCAUAUCCGCAGGACCCGUGUUUAAUCCCUUCCGAGUGGAUUGGGGCAAUCGUAGUGUCGACGACUUUUGCCGACCCAAUUUGCCAUCCAUGUGCAGAUUAGGAGCCAUGGAUUCCAGGCUGGGAACACUCACUAUCGCAGGAGGCAGAAGGGUUGCACAGAAAAUCAGCAGAAGGAUGUUUGUUGACAGUAACCUUCCUCUCUCUGGAAGACAUGGAAUCUUAGGUAAAUCUUUAGUCAUCUAUGAGGAUAGUGGUCCUAAGGCCAGAGGCGAACGAUUGGCCUGUUCCGCGAUAAUUGGACAUUUUCGGCGCAAAGUGGUUGCCAAGGAAUGGUAUGCCAAUGGUGAUCCCUUGACCGUCAGUGGUCGGGUGGAGAUUACCCAGCAAUCGGAGUACGAUAUCAGCAAUGUGGAAGUGCAGCUUAAGGGACUGCAGGAUAACACAGGAUACCACAUCCACAGAACCCCUGUAGAAGCCAAUCUGGCCUUUCCAUGCGAAGCCUCCACUCUAUAUGGCCAUUGGAAUCCUUUCGACGUGAGUCCAAAAUCAUCACCGCCUGCUAAACGGGGAACCACCGAUCAGUAUGAGAUGGGAGAUCUGAGUGGAAAGUUUGGAGGACUUGAGGGAGUCACCCAGUUCGAAGAUGCCUACAACGACACGAAUCUUCCACUCUUCGGCUACAACAGCAUCAUUGGAAGAUCUGUGGUCAUUCAGAAGAAACAAAAGAAUGCUCGAUGGGCCUGCAGUACCCUAGAGCGUGGUUAUAGUCCUAGCGAGGCCAGGGAACUCAGAGCCAUUGCCUCCUUCCAUCAUCCCACUGGAUAUGCCUAUGGUUACAUUAAGAUGACCCAGCUUAUCCACAAUGAUGGUAGUCAGUCGGAGACUGUGAUCGAGGUGAAGUUACGCCAUCCCGGCAAAAACGAUAGGAACUCCACGAGGAAUCACAAUUGGCAGAUCUUUGUCAAUCCUGUCGGUGUGGAUGCUGCUGUUAAGCCCACAAUCACGCGAUGUGUGGCCGGAGGUUACGUUUGGAACCCAUACUACACUCAGUUGGCAGAUCCUUUGAAUUUGGAUCUCUAUGAGCAGGAGUGCAGUCCGGAUAACCCUUUGCGCUGCUACGUAGGAGAUGUGGGAGCACGCUUGGGCACCAUAGAUCUCGGUGGCGAACGCGUAGUCCUUACCGAUUCCAACUUCCCCUUGGAAGCUCCUGUGGGAGCCAUAGGACGAUCAAUUGUUAUCUUCGGGCCAGAACACUCUCACGAGAGAUUUGCCUGUGCAAAUAUUGAGCCCGACCACAAUGUGAUUAAGUACAUCAACCUGCAGAAACCGCCCCGCUUUGUAGUUGCCCAAUUUCUGGAGGAGUUACGUUCUGUAAUGGGAAUCCCAGAGUGGAUGUUGGAUGUGGAUGCUCGUAAGACCAAGGAGCUGCAUGGCGGAGCUUGCAUCCAGAUGAUCAUACAUUUUAAGGGUCCGCUGGCCCACCGACUGGAGUUGGAUAUGUCUCGAUUGAUUGCCGCAGGGAGAUUGGAUGCCCCUAGUCUGUUCAUUCCGGGUUAUGUGAACCAAAAACGAAAGGCAACCAUCUCUUACCGCACCUGCGGUGUAAGAGAUACCAAUGAGAAACGUACCAAGAACUUCAAGGGUGGCUUUUAUUCCUCAAACUCAGCUCCAACUGAACCAAAGCCUUUCGUUUUAGCUUUAAUAGUCAUCGGCUUAGCCCUUAGGUUUGUCUAAAAUUUAAAACGUAAUGUUUCUUUGUUAAAUACUCAAAUCCAAUUUAAGUAACACAGUAGUCAUUAGGCUAGAGCAUAGAAAUCUGUAAAUUAAAGGCUUAGUUCAAGAGAAACUAAUUUAAUCAUUUCUGUAAAUAUUCCAUCAACAGAGUUGACUAAUUAAAAACAAAACAAUUUGAAUUUUUAUAAAAUAACUCGAAAUUCCUUCACCAAUGUGUUUCAAAGUUUUUGAAAGUAAAGAUACGUUACCUAAACACGUGGGACCAACUUGGUGGUGGAUUUACAAUCGCAACAUAACUCAGGAGAACUGACCUACAAUAUCCGGACUCGAGCAUAUUCCACCACCAAUCGAGACCCACCACUCAUAGUUUAUUUCUGC